GAUGAACCCAAUAGUUGAUGCAUUUAGUCUGCCCGCCUUCGAGUAGCGCUGCUGAGACGAGUGAUGGCAAAUGAACGAGCGAGGUACUCAUCCAACAUGUCUGCCCCCUGAAGAAGCGCGAGAGAAACAGAAAUAAGAACAUUUCAACGAGAAAGUACACCGAAAAGCGGCCGGAAACAUGUCUAAGAUCUCCAAGGCGGCAAAGGCCGUCAAGAAGUUGGACACCAGCGGCGUGAUUCGCGCUACCAUAAGGUCAGGACAAGCGGCCCCCGGGCCUCCGCUUGGCCCCGUCCUGGGACAGAGAGGAAUCCCCAUCGGGCAGUUCUGCAAGGACUUUAACGAAAAAACCAAGGAGAUGAAGGAAGGCAUCCCUCUCCCCAUCAAGAUCAACGUGAAGCCCGACCGGACGUACGACCUUCACAUCGGUCGACCCACCGUCUCGUACUUCCUCAAACAGGCGGCGGGCAUCGCCAAAGGAGCCGGAAAGACAGGGCACGAGACGGCCGGUUUGGUGUCGGUGAGGGCCGUGUACGAGAUCGCCCGCGUGAAAGCGGAGGACGAGUGCUUCAAGAUCAGGAACGUGUCGAUGGAGAACGUGGUCAAAAGCAUCGUGGGCUCGGCGCGCUCCCUCGGCAUCAAGGUGGUCAACGACCUGUCGGCUGACGAGUACAAAUUAUUCAUGGAGCAGCGAGAAGAGAAAUUGAAGGCGGACGCCGCCGCUGCAGAAGCAGCUGGGACUGACUCGCAGAGCAGGAAGCGAUAAAAAGCAUGCUACUGACACCUACUGGCCAGGCGAGGGUCCCACUCUUUCUUUUGUCCGAUCAUCUUUUGGCCGUGAAUGAAUUCAUCACUAGUAGGCGUCCAAUCCAUUUGAAGCGGGACGUUCAUUCCUCCCACUUCAAAUGGACUGGACUCGGAUGACUGUCAAUGGCAGCCCGUGAGUUCAUUUCUAACUUUGUGUACACAUUGCAAUGCCUCUAUUUUCAAUAAAUCCUUGGAAGUC